AUGCAGAGCCAAUUCGGAUCACCAAACACCUUUGGUUGUGUGAAAGAUUGUCACUCUUUACCAACUUCAUAUAAAAGUUUGCAAGUAAAAGAGAUUCCGGUGAGAAACGUUUCACCAUUUUCGGAAUGGGGUUUGUUCUUGUGGGGAUUAUUGGUGAUAAUCAAGGUCAUUCCUCUUAUUCUGUUUCUCUCGAGUUGUUUCUGCUUGCAUUCUUGGCACACACAAAAGUCAGCAAGCUUUCAUAUUUUUUUGUGGCACGCAUGUAUAUCAACUUAUACACCUUACAGUUUUGAGAAAAUAAUACGCCCGUGUGAGAUCUGGUAA